AUGAGUGACAUGUCCCCACCGAGACUCCUGCACUUGGCGCAGAAGAGCCUGCUGGGUCAUGAGGCCUUGGCCAUCCUUAGUCUGGACCAGCUUCCCAGAGAGAUAUUCCCUUCACUCUUUGUAGAGGCCUUCAACAGGAGGCUCCUGAGCAUCCUGAAGGCGAUGAAGAGCCUGCUGGGUCAUGAGGCCUUGGCCAUCCUUAGUCUGGACCAGCUUCCCAGAGUGAUGUUCCCUUCACUCUUUGUAGAGGCCUUCAACAGGAGGCUCCUGAGCAUCCUGAAGGCGAUGGUGAGGGUCUGGCCCUUUGACUUCCUCCCUCUGGGUGCCCUUAUGUUGUGGCCGCAAGUGGACAUCCUGAAAGCUGUGUUGGAUGGUCUUGAUAUGAAUUAUACCCAGAAGUCUGACUGCAGGAGAGGGAAGCUGCAUGUGCUGGAUUUACGGGAUGCUCCUCUGAAUUUCUGGAACAUGUGGGCUGAGAGCCUGGAUGAUGCCUGUUCUUCAGAGCCCAAGAUGAGGGGACAGCCAGUGGAGCACAAGGGGCCCAUGUCAGCCUUGAAGGUCAUAGCCAAUGUCUACCUCACCACAGCCACCCCCGAUGAGUUCCUCACCCACCUGCUCCAGUGGGUGAAGGAGAGAGCCAGCCUGGUGCACCUGUGCUGUCACAAGCUGAAGAUCUCGGAGAAUCUCAUCAGUAGCAUGAGCAAAAUCCUGGACAGUUUGGAGUUUGGCUGCAUCCAGGAGGUGCAAGUGAACUCUGACUGGCAAUUCUCCACCCUGGCCAAAUUUGCUCCCUACCUGGGCCGGAUGGGCAGCCUUCGCAAAUUGAGUCUCUCCCACAUAUGGUUCCUGACCCCCAUCACCCCAGAGGACAAGGUGCAGUUGAACUCAGAUUUCUGCUCCAAGCUAGCCAAUCUACCCCACCUUCGCAGCCUUCAUAUGAACUCUGUUGACUUCCUGAAGGACAACGUGGACCUGGUGCUCAGGUACCUGAAGAAACCACUGGAGACUCUCUCUGUAGCAACUUGCCAGCUCUCCGAAGCUGAUGUCCGCUAUCUGUCCCAGUGUCCAAGCCUCAGAGAACUUAAACACCUGCACCUGAGGGGUGUCAAACUGACCCACAUCAGUCCGGAGCCCCUCCAAGUUCUGCUGGAGAGAGUGGCAGCCAACCUCCUGACCCUGAACUUCAUGGGCUGUGAGAUCACUGACUCCCAUCUCAAUGCCAUUCUGCCCGCCCUGAGCCAGUGCUACCAGCUCACCAAAUUACAUUUUUGGGGGAACAGAAUCUCCAUGGCCAUGAUGGAGAAGCUGAUGGAGCACACAGGCAAGCUCAGUGCACUGAGAGUGGAGCUGUACCCAGCUCCCCUGGAGAGCUAUGACACCGAGGGCGAUGACCAGCAGGAGAGAUUUUUCCAUCUCUGUACACAGCUGCUGGACAUGCUGAAGAGAACAAGGGAGCCCAAGAAUGCUGUGUUUAGCACUAAUCCCUGCAGGAAGUUUAUAUACCCAUUGGUGUUUGGCCGAAGGCUCCAUACUUGGUACGAGUGCCACCUGCUGGUCCACUCGGUAGACAUGUCAACAUCUUUUCAGAUUUUUGCAACACAGAUCUGCAAUGAGUAUGUUUCAGACUGGCUCAGACUCUAG